AUGACCAAGAACACCCCGGGAUCUUCAUCUACUGCACAGCCGCAAACUCUGGCUCAACGACUCUCGCGGCCUUCUAUCAGGAACUCGGGCAUCCAUACUGGGUCUGAUGCCAGGGAAGUGUCCGAGGCCGAGGACCAGGACAGGACUCCGAAGCCGCAACAUCAGACCAUCGGCAUCAAGUCCUCCUCGGAGACCCUCAAGGCAAAGGAUUCUAUGGCAGUCGCGUCCAGAACCUCCACUCCUCUCACCACUGACUCCAACACACUCUCAAACACCUCUUCCUCGACAGCUGUCUCGAAUGACAAGUUGGAUGCCAAUCUUAAAGAGCUUGAAGAUGACCCGCCCUUGACGUCUCGCAGGUUCGGCCUCGGCAGCAAGAAGAAGCGUCAGCAGCGGCAGGCACAGGAGCGCGAGGAGCGCAGGCUAAAGGAGGAAGCCAAUGAGGCCCUGCGGAAAAAGCACGGCGAGUAUCAUCCGCCUGGACACAGCCAGGGUCAGAUCCAUACGCAUCGACCUCAGCGGCAUCAUGAUCAUCAUCAGCUCGAACGGUCGCGGUCGCGGAGCAAUAUCAAGUCUUCGUACCCGCCUUCACGUAGUCAGAGCUCCAUCAGAGUCGUCUCGCCCGAGCCUCGGUCACUGGUGUCGCCAUCUCCAACGCCGUCAUCGACCUCUUCAGCAUAUUCUUCGCGCCAGAGCAGCGUUUCCCGUGGACGGAGUCGUCCCACGAGUCCCAUCCGAGACAUGGUUGCGAUACCAAUAGACUUCACGAACCCACACAUGAGCGAUCUCAGGGAUUUGGAUGCGGAGGGCAUGCUAUCGGAACACUGGGAGACUAACAGCGAGAGCGAGGACGAGCAGGACCUCGAGCAGCGUCGCAAGGAGAAUCGGGCUUCGAGGGGUUAUGGACGCGGCAAGGACCAUCAGCGUAAUACGUCCGUCGAUACGGACAGCAGCUACCGAACUGGGAACUCAUCUGUGGUACACUUUGACCUUCCUCCUCUCUCGGCAUCUUCAACGGCAUCAUCGCGGCAUUCUCGGAGAAAUAGGCAUUCCAAUCAGUCGCGGUUGUCUGUUGAUACCGAUCGCACAGAGUCGCAAUCUCCAGAUCGCCCGCAACAUGUCUAUGUGGAAAUGCAAGAGAUCGGAAAUCCCGGCCACCAAUCCUGGCAGUUGAAGAACAUGUCGACUACGGGUAUUGUCACUGGACUAUCACCAGAGUUCGAUGGACAAUCCGUUUCACGGCCACAUUCGAGCAUGAGCAAACACCAUUCGACGAGAAAGUCCAAGGAUCCUUUGAUGGAGCGGUAUCUUUAUCAUGCAAGACCAACAUCACCUACAACUUCCAACGUCCCCUCGUCGGCCUCGAAUCACCGUCCAGUCUCUCGGCAGCAUCAUUAUCACCAGCACAACCACCACUACGGAUCCGACCGGGAUCGAGGAGCUCUGAGUGAUAUGAGCCCCUCUGCCAUUGAGGCGAUGCGAUCAAAAGCAGGAUCCAGGGCAGCAGGCACGAUCCGUGGCGGUACGACUAUCGGGGGAAGCGGCGAUGCAUCCAGCAUAUACGGUACUGAGGCUUCAGCAGCAGACGAGCACAACUACCUUGCGCCAUUGCCACCAUUCCAGCAAGGACCCGCAUACACGAGAGUACCAAAGCGCAAGUUCUGCAAAUGGUUCUUUGGAGGAUGUCGGUGGUGGGUUUUGCUCCUUGCGAUCCUCAUCCCUGCUGGAAUCAUUGCCGCAGUUACUACUUUUUUGCUGCACAAGCUCACAGUAUGCGUGGCAAUCGAUCCCAACACAGUCGACCCUUUGGUCUAUGAGAUCGACCCAGAUUCCGUCCGUGGCAUCUCUCUCGAAUAUCAAACCCGGACAAGAGGGAAUAUCAAUAUUAUAGAUUCACCCAAUACGACCGAGACCCGUGUGUUGUUGAAGCUGCAGCGACAAUUUUACAAGAUGACGCGACAGGACCUGGUUGGCUUUCAGGUCGAGGUGCUCUCGAACAACACCCUGCGCUACGUACUCAAUGAUGCGGCUGAUCGCCAUCGAGAGUUCUUUAUGUCGACAGUUUUGUGCUCAAACUCGAUUUUGACGAUCGAGAUGCCGAGGACUGUUCCUGGUCGGUCGGAAUUGUCCGUGGAUGCUAUGAUUGAUCAGCAGGACGUCUAUGUGAACCUGGACGAAAAUGUGCGCAGAAACACGACCUGGCGGUUCAGGGGGAUCAGCAACCACAACAUGUUUGUUCAGUCGCUGAAUAUCAACGCACUUUCGAUUUCGUACACGGCAAAUUCACCUUCGACUGUAACGCUCGCAUCUGUCAUUGUACAGGACCGACUCUCGGUCGUGAGUGUCAGCGGCGACAUCAAAGCCUCUGUCGGAUUCUCCUCUCCCCUCUCACUCACACCUCCCUCCUCAUCCAAUUCCACCAACAUUACUUCAACAGCACCCUCGACCGUGAAUUUGAACACCCUGGACGGGCAAAUUCAACUGGACAUGAAAGCCUGGAACCAAUCAUUAACUUUCCAAGUCAACGCUCCGGAAGUCCAACUCUCGAAAGCUGGGGCUGUUAUUCUACCGUUCGGACAGCGCAAUGGCACGACCGUGAACGCGAAUGGGUUGGUGGCGAAUGCAGGCCCGAAUGCCGUCUCGGGAACUUAUCAACCUGCAGAAUUCAGAGAUGCGCAUUACUCACAGCCACCGUACUCUUCUACGAGUGGCACUGCAACUGCUACCGGUACUGCCACCGGAACGCGUACGGCCUCGACUGCGACUGGAAUCUUGUCGAGAACUACCACCAAGACCGUAUCAACCACUGGGUCUGCCAAGACAGGAACAGCAACUUCGACGGCGACGACGACGGCAACACCAACGGGUUCUCUCGCACCUCCUCCAGGGCCUACUUUAGGCGCUGGCGGAUCAAAUGUACCGGCGCAAUUCAUAAUUCAGGCUAACAAGAACGUUGUUGUGAAUUUCCCUUAG